AUGUCGGGGGGGGCGCGGAGCGGGAAUUCCUCCCACGUCCUGUUCGUGUUCCGGGGGUUUCCGUCGCUGCAGGACCACCGGCGCCUGCUGGCGCUGCCGUUCUCCGCCUCCUACGUGGCGGUGCUGCUGGGGAACUGCCUGCUGGUCUACGUGCUCCGCAGCACCGAGAGCCUGCACGGCCCCAUGUACGUCCUCAUCUGCUCGCUGUGCGUCGUCGACGUGCUCGUGGCGACCGCCAUCGUCCCCAAGAUGCUCCUGGGCCUCCUGUUGGACUGGGACCAGGUCUCGCUGGGCGGCUGCUUGACCCAGAUGUUCUUCACCCACUUCCUGUCCUCGCUGGAGUCCACGCUGCUGCUGGCGAUGGCGCUCGACCGCUACGUGGCCAUCUGCCAGCCGCUGCGCUACGCCAAAAUCAUCAACGCCUCCACGCUGGCGAAGCUGCUGCCCGUCGCUCUGGCGCGCAGCGGCGCCGUCAUGGCGACGCUGGUGGCGCUGGCCGGGUCGCUGCGCUUCUGCGGCUCCAACACCAUCGGGCACUGCUACUGCGACCACAUGGCGCUGGUCAGCCUGGCGUGCGGCAGCACGGCGAGCAGCCGGGCGGCGGGGCUCGCCGUGAUCGCGUGCUUCGUCGGCGUGGACAUCCCGCUCAUCUUCCUGUCCUACGGGCAGAUCCUGGGCGCCGUGCUGCGGGCCACGGCGGACGGCGAGGAGCGCUGGAAGGCGUUCCACACGUGCGGCACCCACCUCAUCGCCAUGAUGUGCUUCUACUUCGUGGGGAGCGUCACGUUCCUCUCGCACAACGUGAACAUCGCCAUCCCGACGGACGCCAACACCGUCAUGGGCCUGGUGUACAUCCUGCUCCCCGCCACCGUCAACCCCGUCAUCUACGGCGUGCGCACCAAGGACAUCCGCAAGGUCAUUGUACGGCUCUUUAAAGUCCGAGUGAAGACGAAGGUGUCUCCGGCUGGAAAAGGACGGACGGGCCGGUGGAUCGGUGAAAACAAUCACCAGGUGGCGCCUGCUGGUCCCCGAUGGACACAGGGACAACAAAGGGACAUCAGGGGCAUGCUGCCGGUUGGCGGUGCCCCCCCCACGGUCGCUGGUUCAAGUCCCGGCACGCGGGCGGGGGAGGGGGAGCUGAUCAAUGUGGCAUUCGAGGUUUCUACACCCCCGCAGGACGCAGAGGACGGACACGGACGAGAACACAAACACGCCACCGCAGAGUGUUGA